AUGGUUUUCAUAACACGUUACUUGGAUCUUUUAACGUUCCAUUGGGUAUCCCUAUACAACGCUUUCAUGAAGAUAUUCUUCAUCGUUUCUACCAUCUACAUUGUGGUCCUACUACAAGGGUCUAAAAGGGCUAACACUAUCGCGUACAACGAAAUGAUUAUGAGAGAUACAUUCAAGAUUCAGCAUUUGCUUAUUGGAAGCAGUGUAAUGAGUCUUUUUUUCCAUCACAAGUUCACAUUUCUUGAAUUGGCAUGGAGUUUCUCCGUGUGGUUGGAGAGUGUGGCCAUUCUGCCUCAAUUGUACAUGUUGUCCAAAGGUGGGAAUACCAAAAGUUUGACCAUUCAUUAUAUUUUUGCAAUGGGGCUAUACAGAGCACUGUAUAUUCCCAACUGGAUUUGGAGAUACAGUACCGAAGGAAAGUUAGACAAGAUUGCUCUCUUCGCGGGGCUUUUGCAAACUCUGCUGUACUCUGAUUUCUUUUACAUUUAUUACACUAAAGUCAUGAAGGGCAAAGGUUUCAAAUUGCCAAAAWAAUAA